GCCCGGCUCCUGCUGCUGCUGCUGCUGCUGCUGCUGCGGGCCGACCCGGUGCGCGCCGACAGUAAGGUGUUUGGUGACAUGGACCAGGUGCGGAUGACCUCGGAGGGCUCCGACUGUCGCUGCAAAUGCAUCAUGCGGCCACUGAGUAAGGAUGCCUGCAACCGGGUGCGCAGUGGGCGUGCGCGGGUGGAGGACUUCUAUGCAGUGGAGACCCUGAGCUCAGGGGCCGACUGCCGCUGUUCCUGCACCGCGCCGCCCUCCUCCCUCAACCCCUGUGAGAACGAGUGGAAGAUGGAAAAACUUAAAAAGCAGGCACCUGAGCUCUUCAAGCUGCAGUCCAUGGUAGAUCUCCUGGAGGGCGCCCUGUACAGUAUGGACCUAAUGAAAGUGCAUGCCUACAUCCAGAAAAUGUCCUCCCAGAUGAACACACUGGAGGAGAGCAUCAAAGCCAACCUGAGUCGGGAGAAUGAAGUGGUGAAGGACAGCGUGCGCCACCUCAGCCAGCAGCUGAAGAGCUAUGAGAACCACUCGGACAUCAUGCUGAGCAUAAAGAAGGAGCUGUCAAGUCUGGGCCUCCAGCUGCUACAGAGGGAUGCGGCUGCUGCUCCAGCCAUGGCCCCAGCUUCCAGCCCUGGCAGCAAGGCUCAGGACACAGCUGGAGGGCAAGACAAGGAAACCAACAAAUAUGGCAACACACAGAAGGGCUUUGCAGACAAGGGCCUCCUGAGACCUAGUAAGGAGAAACUGCUGGAGGUGGAGAAGCUGAGGAAGGAGAGCAAGGGCAGACUGCCCCAGCCCACAGCCAAGCCCCGGACCCUGGCCCAGCAGCAGGCUGUGAUCCGAGGUUUCACCUACUAUAAAGCAGGCAGGCAAGAGGCCAGACGAGAGACACCCGAGGCCAUGGCUGACAAUACCCUGAAAGGUACUUCUUGGCUGGAACAGCUGCCUCCCAAGGGGGAAGGCCGGACCUCUGCUCCUAAUUCUGCCAAACAAGCUGAGGCCAGGCUGCAGACUACAGAGGAAGCUAACUUGGCCCCAGGCAUCCACGCCACCACCACCACCACCACUGUCAGAACCAGCACAACCACCACCACCUCCUCCUCUACCACCACCCCAACUCCUACCACACCCCGGUCCACUGAACCACCUUUGCACCCAGAGGUCCCCAGCCAAGGCAAGGAGGCCAGCUGUGAAGGCACCCUCCGGGCUGUGGACCCUCCUGUAAGGCAUCAUAGCUAUGGCCGUCAUGAGGGGGCCUGGAUGAAGGACCCCACAGCUCUAGAUGACAGGAUCUACGUUACCAACUACUACUAUGGGAACAGCCUGGUGGAGUUUCGCAACCUGGAAAACUUCAAGCAAGGCCGCUGGAGUAACAUGUACAAGCUACCCUAUAACUGGAUCGGCACAGGCCACGUGGUGUAUCAGGGUGCCUUCUACUACAACCGUGCCUUCACCAAGAACAUUAUCAAAUACGACCUGCGUCAGCGCUUUGUGGCCUCCUGGGCGCUUUUGCCCGACGUGGUGUACGAGGACACCACCCCUUGGAAGUGGCGCGGCCACUCAGACAUCGACUUUGCAGUGGAUGAGAGCGGCCUCUGGGUCAUCUAUCCAGCUGUAGACGAGCGCGAUGAGGCCCAGCCCGAGGUGAUCGUGCUGAGCCGCCUGGACCCGGGAGACCUCUCUGUGCACCGGGAGACCACGUGGAAGACGCGGCUGAGGCGGAACUCCUACGGGAACUGCUUCCUGGUGUGCGGCAUCCUGUAUGCCGUGGACACGUACAACCAGCACGAAGGCCAGGUGGCCUAUGCCUUCGACACGCACACGGGCACUGAUGCUCGCCCGCAGCUGCCCUUCCUGAACGAGCAUGCCUACACCACCCAGAUCGACUACAACCCCAAGGAGCGGGUGCUCUAUGCCUGGGACAAUGGCCACCAGCUGACCUACGCCCUCCACUUUGUGGUCUGAGUGGGGGAGCUACGCUUGCUCACCAGGGAGUUUAGCACUAGGGGAGUGACUUCCCCACAGUAACUCCUGCAGCUGAUAUUUAUUGUGGUCCUGUGCUGUGUUGGCCACCAGGAUAACAUGCCCUCUCCCCUAGUAGGCGACACUUGCUUCAACUUGGGCUUUGCCUGCACUUACCCUUUGGAUCCUCCCACAGCCUCCCUUGAACAAACGAGGCAAGUGAGGCCCAGAGAUGGAAUACCUUGCUUAAAGUCGGGCAGGCUGUUUUUACAAAAGCUCCAUUUUACAGAUGAGGAGACCUUGCCAAACUCUGCCCCACCUCUAGCCACCUCGCCUCAUCCUUGGCUCCCUUCACUCCUCCCUUCCUAGGGUUCCUCAAAGCCUAAGAGGCACUUAGGGCCUAUGCACUGGUGUUUUGCAACCCCAUGUUCCUAUUCUGGCUGAGCAUUGGUGGCUCCGAGCUUAGAGCCUCUUGCCAGUGACCCUUUGUCUUGCCUUGGGUCAGCUCCCUGUCCAUAGUGCCCCCCACCCACUCAGCUGCCACAUUCCAGACCUCCACCGUCACAGCCGCCGAGCAGCAACCACACCCAGAAGCAAACACUGGCCGGCUGCAUGGGCUCUCCUCUGUACUCCGCUCUUCACUCCUCACUCAUUCCCCAGCAGUUGAGAAGGUGCAGGCAGCUCAGUUCUGGUAGGAUGGGGCACUGUGAUAAGGGUGCCCUACACCCCAGAAACACUGGCCUUGACCAAAUACCGGGGUCCUUUCUUGCUAGGCUUUCAAAGCCACAGCCUACUCACACUCAGGGAAACAUAAGGUCUAUCAGGAACCAGGUCCUCCACCUAAAGCAGGGUAGUGGUGAUUACAGGAUGGAGCCUUGUUGGUCCAGACCUUGUCAUUUAGUAGGCUGCCCCAAUGGCCUGGGGCCUGAAGGACAGGUUAGAAGAGUUCCAGGGAGGCUUUAGGCCUUUAGUGUAUGGAGGUCUGAGCACCAGGCUUUUUCUAGCUUCAAGAUGUUGGGGCCAGAGUUGCCCCAGCUGUGGCCACACAGCUUAGCCUGGGACUGCUGAUGGCUCCCAGAGAAAAAAAAGAGUCUUCAAGCCUCUCCCUAUCUACUUUGGACAUUAUCGUUAGAGCUAGAAAGAUGUUCUAUAGCCCAACUCCCUGUUUCACCAAAGAAAACAUAGUCUUAGAAAGAUCUAGAUGUGUCACAGUGUCACCCAGCUGGCAGAACAUAGCUGACCCCCUUUGGAAGGGUCUUUUAUCCUCCCAGAUAGGAGGCAGCUCUGCCAGGAAAGACAAUGGACCCUCACACCUGAGAACCACCCAGCACCUUUGAAGGUAUCUGGCACUGCCUGCUACCCCACCCCUUCCUUGUGUCUGUGCCUUCCAGAUCUGUGCCACAGAGCACCAGCUGCCCAAUCAGCAGUGUAGAGAAACUCAUUCUAUGCAGACUUCAUUUCUCCCGGGCAUUGUCAGGUGAUUUGUGUAAGCCUUAACUCACCCCUGAAGCAAAGGGGGACAAUGACACCCAGUCAGGCCAUGUCUGAGUCACAGUGGUGGCUACAUCCAGCCUCCCCCACCCAGUUGACCAUGGGCUCCUCUUCCAGCCUUUUUCUUGGGGUUAGGGGCGGGGGGGGGGGGGAGUGUCCAGCCUUUCCCUUGGUCCUGGGUGUGUGUUUUACAAGACUGUGUCAUGUGAUGUCACAGCCCAAACAUGUGAGAAGGGCUCUGGCCACUCUUCUGCAUCAGCCUGAGAAAAGGAAAAUUAGAACAGGCUGGGUUUGAAAAAGAAACACGCAGUGUAUUUUCCUGGGCCGGAGGGAUGAGGCUAAUCACAGCCCCUCGUCACUCAGUAGAACCCUUGUCGUCAUGUCCCUGUGAAUGUGUUGCAUGGUGAGUAUGGCUCUUGUCCACAAUUAUCUAUGCUUGCACUGGGUCUCAGAGAAGACACUUGUCACAUAGGCCAUUGAGGGGAGAGAGAUGGGUUUCAAAAUCAGACUGGAACUGCCAUCGUUGGCUGAGAACCACAUGACGUCCCUUGUGCAGCCGACGGCUGUGCUGACUGAUGAGGACGGUGAGGCAAAGGACUUGCCAGGGUCACGUGGCAGCUCAACAGGUGGCAGAGUCCAGGGCUCAGGGUUGCUCAUACCAUGCUCUUUGCCAUCUGUGGGCCACUGUAGUGGCCACUCAAGAAAUGCUGGUUGUUAUUAUCCAGCAUGACCAGGGUAGGAGCUCCAAGAAGCACGUCUGGUGCUGGCUUGUACUGAGCCUUCCAUGCCAAGCCAGGCAGUGGCCACUCGUAGUCAUGUCUGGAACAAAGAUGAGUGUAAGUUAACCGAGCAGAAGAAAAUUCCAAGAUGGAUUACAUUUGGAUUUUUGUCCUGUUGGCAAUGGGAAGCAGGAGAGGGGUUUUGCUAUGAGAGCCGGUACAUGCAAAUUUGUAACCUCGAAAGAAAGCCCGUCCCUCAUCAGCCAUAUGCAAACUUUCAAUCCACCUUGGGCUUUAUUACACUGGGCAACAGGUUUUUUUAAAGGAGGGAGAGCCUGGCCAUAUAGAAAUCUAGAAAACGAAAUGACUUCCUGUUUUCUAAACAACCCCAUAAGCAAGGGGGCUUUGGUAUUUGAUUCCUCCCUAGGGAUUUUCAGGCCUUAAAUGGGGUGGAGAGCCCCCAAAGCUGUCAGUAUCCCCUUCCCCCUUUACAGGUGAACCUCAAGUUCAGAGAGAUGAGGAACCUCCUCAGCUCAGGCAUCUAGCAGGUAGGGUCGAGAUUUGAAUGAGAUUUGUUUUUUAAUCAAAGCCCCUAGCUGCUAAGGUUCAUUUUGUAACUAAUCAUGUUUUCUUGGUUUUCUCCAUGGGAAGUUCACAUCAAAAGUUUGAGGUUGUACAGAGUUAGACUGGCUUCACUCAAGCUUUCUGCUUGUAUUUGUACCCUGGUUUGCUUUCAUUCUAUUGUAUUUUAUCUAUUUUUGUAAGUUUCCACAAUACCUUUUUUGUAACUUGGUGGUAUAUAUAAAAAUAAAACAUAAUUGAAAGCUUAA